GACGUAGUUACGUCACUAUUGAGCGCCGGCGAUUCUUCCGGUGGUGGCGACUGUAACCAUGUGCGCUACGGGAAAAGUCCGUAAAGAUUGAGUAAACUAUUGUAAAACUCCAGCGUUUCGUCGUGGUUCCCUGGAAAGAAAAAAUAGGACGAGAUGCAGGAUUGAAACCCACUGUCAGUGAUAAAAACCCGUGUAAUUUUAACGGAAUCGACGUUUGGCCUGUGUUCGAGCUCUCGGUUUGUCUGUUUGUUUGUUUGGGCCAUGGCUCUGUACACGAAAGCUGCAGAGAUCCUGGAGAAAUCCGAGAAGAAGCAGGGUGCGUUAAAAACUCUGGUUUACGACAGUAAGUUUGCAAAAAUCAAACAGCUCUUCGCUUUGGUUUGUGAGACACAGAAGUUUUCCUCCGUCCUUGAGGAAAUCAUCGAGUCCACCAAACUGCUAAAGCAGACGAAGCUAAAGAUGCCUCUGGCUAAAGUUCUGGUCUAUGACAUGCUCAUAGGUCAGGGACUGAAGUGUGGCGGAACCUGGAAGGUCAUGUUAAUGAAACAUCGUUCCAGACUACAAGCUGCUCUGGCCCGCAUGAAGGUGAAACAAAAGGUCCACAGGAAUGAAGACCUGCUCCCAGUCAGUGUCCAGCAAUCUGCUAGAGACCGCCUUCCCAGGUAUGUGCGUGUGAACACCCUGAAGACCAGUGUGAAUGAUGCUGUUGACUACUUGAAAAGGGACGGUUUCUGCUACCAGGGACAGGCCUCCAGGCUGGAGGAUCUAACCCUGAGGGAGAAGGACUUUGUGAAGGAUCUGUAUCUCCCAGAGCUGCUGGUCUUCUCCCCUAAAAUGGACUUCCAUGACCACUUCCUGUACAAAGCGGGCCACAUCAUUCUGCAGGACAAGGCCAGCUGUCUACCAGCCCACCUCCUCAGUCCUCCUCCUGGCAGCCAUGUCAUUGAUGCUUGUGCUGCACCUGGCAACAAAACCAGCCACCUUGCAGCCAUAAUGGAGAACAAGGGGAAACUCUUUGCCUUUGAUUUAGACGCCAAGCGGUUGUCCACCAUGUCCACUCUGCUGCUCAGAGCUGGGGUCCUAUGUCAUCAGCUUGCUAACCAGGACUUCCUGAAGGUGGACCCUGGCAAUGCGCAGUAUAAAGAUGUGGAAUAUAUCCUGCUGGACCCGUCCUGCAGUGGAUCAGGGAUGGUGUGUCUGCGGGACAACACCUCUCAUGACCAGUCGGAGGAUCAGGCUCGUCUGGUCUCUUUGGCCUCCUUCCAGCUGCGUUGUCUCAACCACGCUCUCAGGUUCCCUCGCCUGAAGCGUCUGGUCUACUCCACCUGCUCCAUCCACAGCCAGGAGAACGAAGAUGUGGUAACUGCCUGUCUGCAGCAGAACCUCAACUUUAGGUUGGUUCAUCUUCUGCCACAGUGGCCUGAACGAGGCCUGGAGCCACUCACCCAGUGUCUGAGAGCCAGCACCACGAAGACCCGCACACAUGGCUUUUUUGUGGCUCUUCUGGAGAAACACAAGAAGUCUGUGACUAUGAAACAGGAACAAGUCGUCCAAAUGAGUCACAUUGUCCCAGAGGACAACGAUGUCCCCAGGGUUUGUAAUGAGACACCUGAAGAUUCAGAGACUGAGGACAAACAGGAACCUGAAGCAGACCUGGUGGCUCGUGGCCCGACUGACAGUACUGCAGGUAAGAAGAAGAAGAGGAAGAGGGGGAAAAAGAAGAAGAAUAAGACUGAAGCAAAAACUGAGUGAUGAGGAAAAAUGUCAAGUAAAACUUUCAGUUAUCUGUAUGUUUAUCUUGUCAGGAAUUUAUUUUAUCGCUGCAACUCAAAAUCCAAAGAUGCAUUUUUACUGAAUAUCUGUCUGUGUCUGGUUUUUGUUUAAAAAAACAAACAAACUACAAAGCCACUUAAUGUUCACAUUAUUCUUAUUAGCCCUAAUAGUGACAUCACUUAAAACAGUUAAUAUAUGUCCAUAUAAGCACCUCUGGUUUAAAAGAAAAUCAAAGAUCCCAAAACCUCUCAACAAUAAAUACAAUCAAUACAUUUUACAAAUGAGUUUGAAACAUUCAAAACGUUUUCUUGAAGUGUUUUAACACAUUUUUAAGUGUUUUUUAAUUAAGGCUCUAUUCGAUUUAUAAUCUCACUUGUGUAUAUUUGUGGUUUGUGUAGACUUUUUGACGAUCAUGCUGUAUGUUCAGCUGACUUUUCAUCGUAGUUAUUAAGAAUUACGACGUCCUUGUCCUGCGCAAUGGUGCUGUCUGAACACCAGAGGGAGCUGUGGUACUAACUGUUUGGAGGUUUAAGUUAGUUCUUGCAUUAUUGGUCCGUUUGCAUGCAGUGCAAAGUCUGGCCGUUUUGUUGCCUUAGGCGAGAAAUGGUUUGGCGUUUACUCUUCAGCUUGAUCACAUGGAAUGGACGCCAGGUGGCGACAUAAAUUAUUACUAUUUUAUUUUAUUUGGUUAAUUGUUCAUAGAGUUCUGCCUCCCCUCCAGCAGGUGGCUCUAUUGGUCGUCGCUUAUGUUUAUAUAUAUAUAUAUAUAUAUUUUUUUUUACAUACAUCUUUGUUUGGUCCUGCUGCUCGGCCAUGUCCAUGUCCAUUGAUUUCAUUUCGCAGGAGUUUGUCUUUGCUGCAGACGUGCAGAAUAUUCAACACACACUAACAACCUCUGUCACCCUGCACAAGCAUGGGCGUAGGCAUGUAAUAGUUUUUACCACUACGCACACAUACAUGGUGAAUUUUGUGAGCCUCAGAUCAGAGUGGUUGUGGCUGAUGUGUUGUGACAGUCUAAUGCAGUCUAAUCUCACGGGGGAGCAUCAAGACACUAUAGGAGUGACAGAUGACCAGAGGAAAUAUGAAGGCGGAGGACAAAGAGAACUGGGUUGUGUUUUGUAUGGAACAGCUGAGAAAUUUAGGCUGGAAUAAUUCCCAUUAAAAUAUGAAAGUUUCUAAGUUC